AUGAAACUAGAAGAGACCAAAGGCAAAACGAAAAAAAUGCAAGUCAGCAAUCCAGGACGGAAUUCUGCGAGCCGAGAAGGAGGAGACGGGGGGAGAAGGAAGCAUCCAACAAAACACACCCUAGGAAAGAAACGAGGCAAGAAAUCGACACCGAGUAAGCCGCAGGAACAGGAGAAAUCUGACAGAGGAAGCAGGACACGUAGCUACCAGACGUCAUUCUCAAGGCCAUGCUUGAUCAGAUCUUCGUCUAAGAUGUUUCAGAGACCAACUGUUAUACACCAUCUUGCUGCAGGACAAGAGCUGAACCACAGCCCGCGGAGACCAGCGUCGUCUGUUUCCUUCGUCCGCCUCGUCGUCGUCGUCGUCGCCGUCGUCGCCGUCGUCCAGCUCCUCGGCCGUCUCAAGAGGUCCCGUCCUGGUGUUAUCGCAGAGGGCCCGGCUUAUCUCGUGAUCAACACCGCCUGCCAAGCCCGACAAGCAAGUAUGCAAACCAUGCAAACUACAGCACGUGAACUGCUUUGUCAUCCAACAACUAACAAGAACUUCCCUUUAUGGGACUCUCGAAGCUUAAAAGCGCCAACUCGACAACGUCAACAAAACAUCCGCGGGCGACGCCAUCAAGCAGCCAGUGAGAAGGCGAGAGACGGCCUAGAGAGACCAGAGACAGGAGACGAGAGAGACCCUGAAAAGAAAAGAAAUUAUAGGCACUGCAAGAAGAACGCUGAUUUACGAAAAGAAAAGAAAAGAGAGACGGGCGAUAAUUUUUAA